UGAAAUACUAAACAUAAUACAUUGUUUAACUAUGAAAAUGAUGAAGAGAGCAAAAGUUAUCAAUUUUAUUUAGGAACAAUCAUUUCUCAAAUUUGUUAGAGCUUUGGUGUCAGCACAUUGGUCUAAAACAAUACAAGCCUCAAAACGCCCUUCAUGCAAAACAUCCAGGAUGACUUGACAUACUCUCCGAAGCCUCGGCUCAGCACAGCAAUACUUUUCAGAUGUCAGUGUGUGCCCACCAGGUGCACAGUAGUAGUACUGGGUUUACAAACAGCUGUUAUAAUGGUCUGUAUCCUGGACAUAUCCACACCACCCCCAUCCAGAAAGUCGUGUUGGCUGUUGGGUCAGGUGUGGCUGCACUACACGACCCCCACAGACAUGACAUGGUUGCAGUGCUCGGGGAGGCGACAGGACAUCUAGCAUUGAUAAAUCUCAGGGACAAGAUGAGAAAUGACCCUGAAGGCUACACAAUCCUUAAAGAAAGACCCCGGAUCCGGCUGUCUACACUUGAUCUAAGUGAGAUGACCUCUCUGCCGGAUGGAUCUUUUGGGAGGGAAUACCUUCGCUUCCUGCAGGACAAUGAUGUGACCCCUGACUCAAGGGCAGACGUAAGGUUUGUGGACGAUGAGGAGCUAGCUUACGUCAUGCAGAGAUACAGAGAGGUCCAUGAUUUGAUGCACACUUUACUGGGCAUGCCCACCAACAUGUUGGGUGAAGUGGCAGUGAAAUGGUUCGAAGCUGCUCAGACUGGGCUUCCCAUGUGUGCUCUUGGAGCCGUGUUGGGGCCACUUCGGCUGAGUACAAGCCGUUUAAAGUUGCUGUUCACAUCCUUGGGCCCUUGGGCUUUGCGGAAUGGUCAUCGGGCCCACUGCGUCCUCAGCAUCUUCUACGAGAGACGGUGGGCGCAGAGCAUCGAAGACCUCCGACAAGAACUCAACAUAGAGCCGCCUCCUGUAAUAGUCAGGACUACCAAAAAGAGGAACACCUGAGGAAGACAACAAAAAAAACAUGAAUGAUGCAGGGAUCACCGGACAAAAAACUUUUUUUAUUGCGGACACACACAAAAUAUUUAAAGUGUUAUACUGUGGAGAAGAAUGCUAGUAACACCUGAGGAAAUGAGGGAAUUUCACAGUUGUCAAACUUUGACGUGUCACCGUUUACUUUGAAUUGUUAAACCAUUUUGAGUAAACACAUUUCAGCUGAUGAAAUGCUCAGUUUUUUUUUGCUCUUCUGAUGCUUAUAGAUAGCAGGUCUUGGUCAACAGGUCAUGUUCAGUCGCCAUCUGUUGUUGCAAAUGUGACUGAAAGUGGGUAUUUGUGUCAAGUAGCACAAUAAAUGAAAAUACUUAAUUAU